UUUUCCAGAAAACCAGGUCUUCAAGAGUCAAGGGGAUGAAUCCUUUUAGAGUUUUUAUCUACACUAUGAGUCCUACCUAUGAGCAGAGUAUGAGCUCAAACAGAGGGUAUCAGUUGGUGAGCUUCCCUCGUAAGUCAUUAAGAGUGCUUAAAUUCAUAUAAAAUUUAAACAUAUUUAGCAAACAUAUUGUGCAUAACGUUAUUAAUUUUAAUUCUUUUAAUUCUAGAAAAAAAUUCCAUUACAUUCGUCAAUUUUUAUAUUUAGAUUAGUCGAUUUGGGUGAUAAGAACGAAACCAGGUUGAAAUUACCAGAGGAAAUAGCAGCUGAAGAAGAUUCUGCUAAACGGGUGGUUGACGACACUUCAGUAACCGGAUCUUAUGCACCAAAGGGUUUCGAUGUAGAAUGGCCGGUACGUAAUUUUCAAUUAAUUUAUCCUUGGUUAUUUUAUAAAUGA